AUAUCGCAGUGCACGUCAGAAGAAAUUGAAACAACAAAUUUGAAUCAAUUUCUGUAUACUUACAAAUUCAUUGUGCAAUGAUGCAGUUCUCCUUGCUAUUUUUAUUGAUAUCCCUGAUGAGCGUGUCUGUAACAUUGCAGGGCGUAAUCAGGAAUGAUGAGAAUAAUGGCAAUGUGAAGACCCUAAAUUAUCAGAGCUCUGUUAAGGAAAUUGUAAAGGAUCUCAUUGCGGCUUGGUCCUCGCCGCUUGUGUACCUCAAGAAUCGCGGCUACCUGAGUGCACCAGAAAUCGGUUUCGAUAUGCUGCUCAAGGACGAUAAACUGGGGGAGCGAAAGGCGCGCUCCAACGAGGAGGAGACACCCAACGAUCUGAGCCAUCUCUUUCGCACGCUCUUCUCGUCCAGCGACAGCAACGUCUCGGACAAGAUCAAAAGCAAACUGGGCGUGCCCUGGGACAUGACUGCGCUCAAGAAUUCGGUGCGCAACGAGGCCUUCAAAUACUACGAGAAGUUCUACGACAAACGCAAUCAACAGGCAUCCAAGAACCAAGGGGACGGCGAGACGGAUAUAGACAGACAGGUGGCACAGCUGUAUCCAACGGUGGUGUUCACGCCCAACAAGGAGCACGCCGACGAGGAGCAGAAAAAGGUCAUCGAGGAGGUGGCCAGCCACAAGGAGCCCAAGCUAAUAAAUGGCAUUGCCAAGCUGCUGAGCAGCCGGGCCAAGCCGAUGCCGCUGCAGCAGCUCAAGGAGCAGAAGGAGCAAAAACAGGCGCUGGACGCCAACUAAGUCGAUACACUUUCCACGGAGUUCAACUGUUGCUGAUUUUCAUUUCAGUUUUUUUUUUUUUUGGUUUUAUUUUGUAUUUAGUUUUCGAUUGAAUUUGACGAGCCCUUCCAAACCAGACGCCAACUCGCGCCAACUCGGGCCAGCUCAUGCUAAUUUAUGGCAAUUGGUUAACCAAAUCAUCAACAGAGCGAUUAAUUAAAACUCGUUUUCGAUGAGCCCCAGACCGCGGCAAGCGGCCAGCUAUAAAAAGCGCCUGCCCCUCUUAUAUUUUUGGUUGAAA